AUGACACAGCGAGAUGCUAGCCCAGACAGCUUCGCACAGGUCCACGCCGGAGUUCUACAGAAAGACAACGAGAAGGAUGGCGGUGUACUGUGUACAGGAUCUUCGUCGAGCACAGCGGCCACUUCGACCUCACGUACCUCCCCACGCCAGACAAAUCCUCAGACCGACGUCGAAGCUCUACGCCACGAUGCCUCGUCCUUGAACCGCGUUCACACGUCAAAGAGCCAGCAUUCGCAAACAGUCGGCGACAGCGCCCGUGGUGGUCUCGGUGUCUUCCGCAGCAGGUUUACUCGCUCUCGCCCACUACCAGCGUUCGGCGCAGGGAAACCGUACCCUCCUCCUCUCGGCAACCAAGAAGACUAUGUCGUCGAAUUCGAUGGAGAAGAUGACCCGUUGCAUGCGCAGAAUUGGGCGUUGGGGAAGAAGCUGUUUACUGCGCUUAUGCUGUUCAACGUCGGCUACGUUGUCGCUACGCUGGGCACAUCAUUGUACAUCCUAGGAUUCGCCACGGGACCCGUUCUCUGGGCACCGUUCUCAGAGCUCAAGGGAAGGAGAUUGCCGCUUGUGGUGGCAUCGUUUGGCUUCUCAGUCUUCAACAUUGCGUGUGCGACGGCGAAAGACUUGCAGACCAUCUUGAUCUCAAUCUGCCUGUUCAGCGUAAUGGUCUUCACAGGUCCUUUCCUCGCUCCUUUCAUCGGCGGCUUCAUAGUCAUGUCAAAUUCCUGGCGAUGGACUCAGUACCUUGUCUCUUUCAUGGGUUUCGCCUCCUUCACCCUCAUGCUCCUCUUCCUCGACGAAUCCUACCCACCCAUCAUCCUCGUCGCCAAAGCCGCCGAACUGCGCCGCCGCACAAAGAACUGGGGCAUCCACGCCAAGCAAGAAGAGAUUGAAGUCGAUUUCCGCGAACUCAUCGAGAAGAACUUUUCGAGGCCGCUUAGGAUGCUGGUCACGGAGCGUAUCGUGCUGCUGCUCAGUAUCUAUAUCGCCUUCAUUUACGGAUUGCUCUAUCUCUUCCUCACGGCGUAUCCGAUCGUAUUCCAGGGCGUCCAUGGUAUGAACCCGGGUGUUGGUGGUCUUCCGUUCUUUGGAAUGAUCAUUGGGGAGUUGUUUGCUGGCGUGUUUAUCUUUGCGAGGCAGCCGGGAUACCAGAAAAGGCUGGCUGCUAACAACAACGUCCCAAUUCCUGAGUGGCGUUUACCAGAGGUCAUUGUGGGUGGUGUCGCUUUCGCGGGGGGUUUGUUCUGGUUCGGAUGGACCGGGUAUCGCGCGGACAUCCAUUGGAUCGUGCCUACGUGCUCUGGAUUGCUCAUCGGAUUUGGUAUCAUGAGUAUCUUUUUGCAGUCGUUCAACUAUAUCAUCGAUGCUUAUCUCAUGGUAAGAAGAACCCGGGUCUCCACAUAUCCAAGUCACUGCUGA